AGAGGACAGCUCACCACUCAGGGACAAAGUCUCCUUCAAGGAUUCAAGCUGCUGCUAGAUGAAGUGGUUUGAAGAGGCAGCUGUCACUCAUGUUGUGUAGAACGUGAUGAGACAGCAGAUGAUGAAGGUGAAUGUUUCAACAUGCUGCUCUCACUUUGUUUCCCCCCCAGUGUGGAGCACGGUGGAGUGUGGAGGCUGAAACCAGCUCUAAAGAAGUAUGCCUGUGACCUCACCCUGGACCCCAACACGGCCAACAGACUCCUCUCUCUGUCUGAGGACAACAGGAAGGUGACGGCGGUUGGGGAGGACCAGUCGUGUCCGGAUCACCCAGACAGAUUUGACUCCCAGCUCCAGGUGUUGGGUAGAGAGGCUCUGACUGGCCGCUGUUACUGGGAGGUAGAGAGGGAAGGAGUGGUUGAUAUAGGAGUGACAUACAGAGGAAUCACAAGGAGAGGAGGGGGUGGUGACAGCAGGCUUGGAUGGAACAAGUCCUGGAGUCUUCAUUGUUCUGAUGGUCGUUACUCUGCCCGGUACAACGGUAUAAAGACAGCCCUCCCUCUCCCCCCCGCUGGCUCCACCAGAGUAGGAGUGUAUCUGGACCGGCCUGCUGGCUCUCUGUCCUUCUACACAGUGUCCCCAGGUGGAGGAGGGUCCUCAGACACACUGACACACAUCCACACCUUCUGCUCCUCCUUCACCCAGGAGGACCUCCUCCCUGGGUUUGGGGUAUGGGGGGGGUGCUCAGUGUCUCUGUGUCGGUUAUAGACACACACACACACACACACACGCAAACACACGCACAUGAAGGGUGCGUGAGGGGGAGCAUGGGGGGGGGGGGAGGUUCAGGGGUUAGGCUGAUGGGCGGCCAGUGGGGCUGAGGGGGGGUGAGGGUGAGGGGGGUUACGGCCCUGGUGGCUCAUUGUCUCUGUCAGUUAUUGUCUCGCUCUCGCUCUCCGGUGAAUACACAUAAAUACGGAAUAAACACACACACACACACACACACACACACACACACACACACACACACACACACACACACACGUAUAAACACACACACACACGUAUAAACACACACACACACACACGUAUAAACAUGUCACAUGUCUCUGUGUCUCCCUCUCUCUCUUUUUCUUUCCCUCCCUCUCUCUUUUAGUAUAGCAUGAUAAACCACAAAACUUUAAGAUCUUCCAUAGUUAGAUAAGCACAUUUAUUAUUUGAAAUGUAUAUAAAUUACCUAUCGAUGGUGAAUGUUUGAUUAUUUUCACUUUUCAGACAUCACCAGUUUUGGUUUAAGGGCUCUGAUAUCAUCAUUUUGGUCAUAAUCCUGAUUUACGACCUGCUUUAAAGCAGAUUUUAUAUUUUAUUCAUAUAACCAAGAGGUCUAUGGGAUAAUGUUGCAUUCUGUAAAUUACUUCAAACUGAAUCUUGAUUCCUUGUGUUCUCUUGGGAAGCAAACGGCCGCAGAACAUGUUCAGUUAUUAAAGAUAUGUGCACACCUGUUGA